AUGUCAAAUCUUCCGUGGGUGUGUGGUGUGCAGGUGCAGACAGGCGGCCGCUCUGUAACAGAUGAGAGGUAUGUCCUCUCUCUGAUGGCCGACCUUGUGCUCUCAGUGACCAGAGCGCCCCCUGUGGGUGUGAACAUGCUGGAGGUGCUGAAGCGUGUGGCAGCAGAAGACAACAGCACAGAGGACAGAUGUUUCCACGCUCACUCCCACAGCAGCGUCCUGGAGGGCCUGCCCUUCGGAGGCGUGCCCACGGUGCUGACCAUCAACCUGCUCCUGUGGGCGUUUCUGCUGCUGAUCUUCUCGUGUCUGAGGAAAGCCGCCUGGGACUACGGCCGUCUGGCUCUGCUCAUGGAGAAUGACAGUCUCACGUCUCUCUUCUAUGGAGAACAAAGUGAGAAGGAGAAGUCGUCGUCAGACUGCAGCCCAGCCGACUCAGAAAGCAAGGACAUGGGCUUCUGCUCAUGGCUGGCAUCUCUUUACCAUAUGAAGGACGAGGAGAUCCGGAGCAAAUGUGGCCUGGAUGCAGUCACCUACCUGUCCUUCCAGCGCCACAUCAUCCUGCUGCUCGGAGUGGUCUGCCUGCUGUCUUUGGCCGUCAUUCUGCCGGUCAACCUUUCCGGGAAGCUCAUGGGGGACAGUCCAGAGAGCUUCGGGCGCACCACUCUGGCCAACAUGAAUACAGAAGACAGCUUUCUGUGGCUCCACGGUGUCUUUGGCCUGCUGUAUUUCAUCAUCACUCUGCUGUGCAUGGCCCACCACUCCAUCCGCCUGGACUACAGCGAGGACCACAAGGUGGCCCGGACAUUGAUGAUCACGUCUGUUCCUCGAGAAAUCUCAGACCCGGGGCUCCUCACCAAACACUUCCAUGAGGCCUACCCCAGCUGCACGGUCACCGACAUCCACUUCUGCUUUGACGUGCACAAACUGAUGAAGCUGGACUUGGAGAGACGAAAAGCCAUGAAAGGCCGCCUGUACUUCGCUUCAAAGGCCCAGAAGGAAGGCAAGAUCAUGAUCAAAACCCACCCGUGCGCACAAGUCUUCUGCUGCGACGCGUGCGGCUUUGAACAAGUGGAUGCAGAGCAGUACUACAGCGAGCUGGAGGAGAAGAGGACCGACGAGUUCAAUGCAGAAAAGAACCGCAUCGGCACCAAGAGGCUGGGCAUCGCCUUCGUGACCUUCAGGGACGAGCGCAUGACGUCUGUAAUUGUGAAGGACUUCCAGUGCGUCCAGUGCCGGCGGCAGGUGCAGCAGUCCAGCAUCAGUGCAGUGGUGCAGUCGCAGAGGUGGGGGGUCAGCUACGCACCGGCCCCCACUGACAUCAUCUGGGAGAACCUGUGGGUGUGUGGGACUCGCUGGUGGCUGCGCUGCGUGCUCCUCAACAGCCUCCUCUUCCUCCUGCUCUUCUUCCUCACCACACCGGCCAUCAUCGUCAACACCAUGGACAAGUUCAACGUGACCAGGCCGGUGGACAGUCUGCAGAGUCCGGUGAUCACACAGUUCUUGCCCACCCUCCUGCUGUGGGCCUUCUCGGUACUGCUGCCCUUCAUCGUGUACUACUCAGCCUUCUUUGAAUCCCACUGGACCAGAUCGGGAGAAAACCAGGUGACGAUGCAUAAGUGCUUCCUGCUGCUGGUCUUCAUGGUCAUCGUCCUGCCCUCACUCGGCUUGUCCAGCCUGGACCUGUUCUUCACCUGGCUCUUCGACGUCCACUUUUUGGAUCAGCCUGAAGUCAAAUUCCAGUGCGUCUUUCUGCCGGACAACGGGGCGUUCUUUGUGAAUUACGUCAUCACUUCGAGUUUGAUCGGAACCGCCAUGGAGCUGCUGCGGAUCCCGGCGCUUACCGUCUACAUGGUCCGACUGUGUUUCGCCAAGUCCCAAGCCGAGCGCAUCCACGUCAAGAGGAGCCAGGCCUACGAGUUCCAGUUCGGCCUGGAGUACGCCUGGACCAUGUGCAUCGUCAGCCUCACCCUGACCUACAGCAUCACCUGUCCUCUCAUCACUCCCUUCGGUCUCCUCUAUGUGAUCCUCAAGCACAUGGUGGACCGCUACAACAUUUACUACGCAUACGUCCCCACCAAACUCAACCAGCGCAUCCACAGAGCCGCCAUCAACCAGGUCAUCGUGGCUCCCGUCCUCUGCCUCUUCUGGCUGCUCUUCUUCUCCGUGCUCAGACUCGGUCCAGUGCACCCCAUCAGCCUGUUCACCCUGGUGUCCCUGCUCUCCUGCAUCACUUUCUCCAUCCUUCGCUUGUGCCUUCGGAAGCAGCCGGACAAGUGCAGCAGUUACCAGAUGUCAGACCAGCCGGCAGAGUUCACCGACUCAGAGAGGAGCGCGGUCACCACCACCUCGGCUUCCAAUAUGUUUGUGGCGUCGGUGCUGUUGGAGCCCGAGCUGGCCCUGACCCCCAUGCCCUCCCCGGCUCACCACGGCUAUGGAGCCAUGUCCAGGGACGAGGGGGCGGCUCACCGAGAGACAGAGCUCCAGGACUCCCCCGUCAUGGACUGCCCCGUCAGCUACCAAGACCUGACGCGCUAG